UUUCAUUUUUGUUUUCAUCUGAAAACCGAUCGCACAUCGAGUCCAACGGUUGUUCUCGUUUCCGAUAUGGAAUCGCUCCAACAGCAGCAUCAGCACCAUUUAUCGGGAAGUGAGGUUGCCGGUACUCCUAUCACAACGAUCACCACGACCAGCACCACCAGCUCCACCGCCGCAGUGCUACUUGCCGACCUGAGUUCAAUUCGCAUAAAAGGCGACGAAUUGUCGCGGUCUGCUUCAUCUCCUUUGAUGAGCAGCCGAUCGAAGGAAAUACCCGGCCUGGACAGCCAACGGUCUAGCCACUGUCCGGUGGUACGGGAGGGUCCCGCGCUGGGUUGCAAUUUCUGCUGGAACACAAAGAGGAUACUGCGACGGAAAACCAAGUACCACUGUCCCGAGUGCCAGACGAACUUGUGCAUUGCGCCCUGCUUCCAGGAGUAUCACGAACGCCAAUCGGCGGAGAACCCUGCCCCCACCAGCAACGACAGCGGAAGCGGCUGUGUGUAUGGUGUAGGUGGAUUGUACGCAAAAGUGGAUCUCCGAUUUGUUGAGAACCUUUACUUUUGCGGAAUUGUGUCAUUCUCUUUGUUGCUUUUGAUGGGUAAGAAUAGAACACACAUUCAGACUAUUGCUAGGAAGAAACAUUUUUUGUAACGCUGCCUCCGGCUUGGAUCGCUCCCCCGAUCACGCGCGUCUACCGUGGAAAAUCAA